AUGCCCAAGUACGCCAAAGACCAGCCAUCUGGCUUCAGAAACGCCAUCGAAAGAGUCGCCAUUGUUGGGGCCGGAGGCACCGUUGGAGCUCACAUCGUCGCCUCCCUCCUUGCAGGCGGAAAGCACCAAGUCACAGCCCUCUCGCGCAAAGACAGCAGCAACAAGCUCCCCGAGGGCGUCCUCGUCGCCCAUGUCGACUACGACGACGAGGCCACCCUCGUCGCCGCCCUCAAGGACCAGCAAUUCCUCAUCAUCACGAUGUCACCCACUGCGCCCCGGGACACCCACAGCAAGAUCGUCCAGGCCGGCGCCAAGGCCGGCGUCCCCUACAUCAUGCCGAACGGGUACGGCGGCGACAUCGAGGACAGCAAGCUCAGCCGGGAGUCGCUGCUGGGUCCCGUGGCCCGCGCUCACAGAGACGAGAUUGAGAGCCUCGGCAUGCAGUGGAUCACUGUGUGCUGCGGGUUCUGGUACGACUAUAGUCUAGGAGGCGGCGAGGCACGCUUCGGCUUCGACUUUGACAAGCGCACGCUGACCAUCUACGACGACGGCACCACCAAGAACUCGACGUCGACGUUGGCGCAGGUUGGGCGCGCGGUGGCCAAGGUGCUGAGCCUCAAGGAGCUCCCCGACGACGAAAACGACAAGAGCCUCACCUUGUCGAGGUUCCUCAACAACGGCGUUUUCGUCACGAGCUUCGUGGUCAGCCAGAACGACAUGUUUGAGAGCGUCAAGCGCGUCACGGGCACCGCCGACGCCGACUGGACCAUCACACAUGAGAGCACCAAGGAGCGGUACGAGGAGGGACUGGCGCAGGUCAAGAGCGGAAACAUGGCUGGCUUUGGCAAGAUGCUGUACGCGAGGGCGUUUUUCCCGGGUGAUGCAAAUGACAUCUCCGCCAAGGCGCAGAAUGAGCUGCUUGGAUUGCCGGAUGAGAGCCUGGACGAGUCCACCAAGGUUGGAAUCGCCAUGGCCAAGGACCUGCAGCGUCGAGCUGAGCGCAUGGCUUCCUAG